AUGGAUUUCAAAUUGUGUAAACUGUGUGUAAUGUGUUUGGGGAAUUUUUCAGUUAACAAUGGAAUAAGGCCUUCUGUUGAAUGGAAUCCAGCAGUCAGAAUAGCAACAACAUUCUUCACAGUCGUUUUGGCAGGAGUAAUAUUUUUCGGAAAUCUGUUGGUGAUAGUCGCAUUUGCAAUGACAAAAAUCUCCGGCUUGAAAUCGAUAUGUACAUUGUCUCUCUUGCAGUAGCUGAUUUUCUACUGUCAUUCCUGAUGCUUCCACUGGCAAUUGUUCGUCAACAUGUCGGGUAUUGGCCAUUUCAGUCCAAUAUACUGUGUCAGUACUUCAUGUCUGGCAAUCUUCUGUUUUGUUUAGCUUCAGUACUCAGUCUGUGUUGCAUUUCUAUCGAUAGAUACAUAGCAGUCACUCGACCAUUACAGUACAACAGAACUCGUGGCUGCCACCGACCGUUCAGCAUGUUGUUGGGUACAUGGUUGUUGGCAUUCACAUCCGUCGCGUUACCAUAUAUUUUUAGUUAUCAACACCAUUUCAGUGAGGGGGUGUGUUACUUGAACUAUAAUACUAGUUUCAGAUUAUAUGUAGCUGUUUUCCUUUGGUUUAUACCAAUUCUGAUAAUUGUAUGUGUUUAUUCGAAGAUAUAUUCUGCCAUAAGACGUCAUUCACUACGAUGUCGACAAGUGUUCAAGGUCCCCACUAUCAAUGUACAUCAAGAUCAUUCACGGAACGUUCAGAGACAACCAUCAGACACGAUAAUGACCUCCUACAGUAAUUCAAGUAGGAAACCUCUUGUUCUUGCUAGAUAUUCACUUGGCAACCUUGGCAUACCAAUGUUCACCAAAUCACUGAUAGUUCGUUUCAAAAUAUUCUGUCGAAUGUCAACCAAUGAUGAAGUAAAUGACAGUAUUGAUGGAUUACUCAAAUAUCCUGUUAAAAAUAAAUACUCUACACAAGUGUUUGUUCAUAUGCAUCCUCCAGUAGUAAACAAAACGAAACAGGAAAUCAAACAAAUGGACUACGAUUUAAAGACAUCCGAUCCCGUUGAACAAGACCAGGGUGAAAAACUGACAUUGCCGAAUCACAGGGAAAAUGAAGACAUCAAAGAAAAACCAUUCCCGAACAAAACUGCCAGAAUAGAGGUAGUAAUGUAUUGAAAUCUGAAUACCCAGACGAUAUCGAUAAUCCUAAUAGUUGUGGACUACAUUCCAUUUGUGAAAAUCCUCGACAGCUUGAAUCUCGAAAUCGUAAUCUCAGUGUAGUUGAUGCUAAGAAUAAAGAGUUUCAUCAAGCAAUCCUCGUCGAAAAUAAUAGAAGUAAGUUCUGUCUUCCUGAACACAUUCGAGAUCAGACUACAUUUAAGCGAGAACUGCAAACAGUAAAGGUCAUGACAAUAGUGGUCGGUUGUUUCCUCUUUUGUUUCUUACCAUUUCUCCUGGUACAUUUAGGAGAAAUUGUUUGCACGUGCAUGUUUCCAGAGACUCUACAUACAACACUUUCAUGGUUAUUAUACCUCAACAGUUGCUGCAACCCAUUUAUUUACGCUUUUCGUAACAAGCGCUACGCGAACGCAUUUCGACGACUUUUAAACUCAGAAAACUGUUAUAGUGAGAUGAAACUGGUAAAUUGUUAA